UGAAGUUGUCCUAUUUCCUCGACCGGUAACGUUAAUACCAGAGGACGCCAUGGAGAGUUCGUCAGUGUACAUGUGCUUCCCCUGCUACCAGGAGUUUAACACUCUGGAGGAGGUACUCGAGCACCAGUUGACAUGCACUGCUGAGGAUGAACAGCCAAACACAUCUGGAACUGUUCCAUUGAUACAGACUCGGCAGCAACAGGUAAUAAAUAUAUCAAGGACAGUUGCAGUCCCACAGAUUCAAGUGCAAGCAGAGCACUCCACUGUGCAGACUGUUAACAAUGCACUCAAGCAGGCUGCAGUCAGUGCAAGACUGACAUCGGACCAGCCCAGAAUUCUCUACCAGUGUGGAGACUGUGAUGAACUUUUUAAGAGCCUGGACCUUUGGCAACAACACCGUAAAGAAGAGACAUGUCAGCAGUCUGCCUCUGGGAGCAACUCAAAACCUGAUUCACAACCUGAGCCAGAGACCGUUUCAGCCCAGAGUUCCAGUUCAACUUUAAAUCUAGGUGAUUCUUCUCUCUCAAAUAGUGAAACCAGCCAAAAUCUUAAGCCAGAACCAGUGGAGAAACCCGUAGCGAAGGAAGAGAGGCAGCAAGUUGCAGAUACCUCUUCAGCUCAGAGCUCUGAUCCUCUUGUUACUGAGGUGGCUGCUUCGACCUCUAAUCCAGAGGAUUCAUCUUCCAAGAGGAGAGGGGCAAACAAAAAGCCCAAGCCUGAACCGGUGCUCCUGUGUGUGGACUGUGGCUCAUGCUUUGGUCUGGUGUCUGAGCUAGUGGCCCACCGCAAGACCCAACAUGGCUUUGAAGAAGCUCUGCACCGCUGCUCCGUGUGUGGGGAAAGCUUUCUAAACACCACCCUUUUUCUCUACCACCGCAAGCAACAUCGGCAGAAAGGGGAGGAAAAUGUCGUAAUGGUUCCUGAAGAGACAUCAGAGGAAGUUUGUAGUCAGAGCAAUGAGACUGAUGAGCAGGGGCAGAGUGCCACUCCCUCCAUCGUCAGUGUCACGCAGCCUGAGUUGUUCAUGUGCACCCAGUGUGGGCAGAGCUUCAGUGAUGAGGGAGGGCUGGUCACCCAUCGUAACCAGAAGCACGACCUGAAGGAGCCACUACACAGCUGCUCCCAUUGUGGCCAGAGCUUCAUGAACACCACCAAGUACCUGUACCAUCGCCGGGAGCACCACUUCACACCAGGGACAGAGGUGGUGGAUGGAGCUGAAACUGGUGAUGAAACGGCCACCACUAAACAGGAUACCCCAAAGAGCUCAAAGCGACUGCUUUCCCUGCCUGCCUCUGCUAGUGAAUCAGGUUCACCUCUUUCUAAGAAAAGCAGGCCCUCUUUCAGGAUCUUGAGUGGUGCCAGUGCGCUCAAAGGCAACAAGAGUUCAGGCACCAAAGAGGAAUCAGAGAGCAGCACUGCAGCAGACUCAGAUAACACAAACCACCCUCCACCUGCCAAGCUUCUGCAGGACUGGGCCCGCACACCACUACCCCAUGUUUGCCCCUACUGUGGCAAGACCUUCACCCGGCGUGUCUUCCUCCGCACCCAUGUCUACAGCCACACAGGAGAAAAGCUCUUUAUGUGCAAGGUGUGCACAAAGUCCUUCACUAACUCCCAGAGCCUGCUGCGCCACAGCAUGAGCCACACGGGAAACAAGCCCUUCAGCUGCGAUGUUUGUGGCAAAAACUUCUCCCAGGCAGCCACCCUGAAGAGACACCAAGCCAUUCACACAUCAACAUUACCUCGGCGCAAGCGUGGACGUAAACCGGUGUGUACUCUGGACAAUGAGGGAGCUGCUCAUCUCUUCGCUUGUCCUCACUGUCCCUCACGGUUCAACACGGAGGAUCAGCUUAACCAUCACAAACUGCUCCACACCAGCCAUCCGUUCCCUUGCCCUGAAUGUGGAGAGGCCUUCAAACGCCGGAAAGACCUGGACCUGCACUCGCUCACUCACCAAGACAAGCAGCCGGCAACGUGUCUUCACUGCUCAUCCCAGUUCGUGAACCAGGCAGUGCUGGAAAUUCACAUGCAGCGUUGCCCUACCACAGAUGAGGAGAAGAAUGCGGGUCGUGGACGUGGUCAGGGCCGUGGACGAAGCACCGGACAGAUUGAGUGUGACCUAUGCGGCCACCGUUGCAUGACCCAGGAGGGCCUUGACCUCCAUCGGUUAUCCCACACAGGCCAGACACCUCUCAAAUGCCCAGUGAGGCCUUGCCGUCGCCGAUUUACCUCUAACAGUGCCCUGGAGGAGCAUGUGCUGGCCCAUUUCCAAGGAACGCUAAGCAAGUCCAAAAACCGACCCCGCUUCCGCUGUCAGAUUUGCCACAAGGAAUUUUCCUACAAUUCCACCUUCAGUGUUCACAUGAGGACACAUACUGAUGAGAGGCCUUUUGAGUGCACCACAUGUGGCAAGCGCUUCCGCCAGCUGCCCCAUCUGCAGGACCAUGAGCGCAUCCAUUCCGGCCUCCGGCCUUUCUGCUGCUGGAUUUGCGGCAAGAGCUUCAGCGUGGCCGCCCGGCUCACCGAGCAUGCCCGUACCCACAGUGGGGAGAAGCCCUACCCCUGUUCCCACUGCCCCGCCGCCUUCCGCUCUCGCUCCAACCUGGAUAAACACAUCAGGCUACACGGAGACUUGCCUCUUGAUGCCGCUGAACAGGCAGCGCAUGCAGCAGAAGUAGCCCAGGUACAUAAGGUGCUGGAAGGGGCCAAGGUACUGUCUUCUGUGGCCACCACAGGGGAGGUUGAUUCUGGUGCAGUGCAGACCAUAUAUGUACUGCAGGGGGCCGAAGGAGGUACUGAGACGGUUAUGAUCCCGUCUGAUCAGCUCAGUGGCAUGGAGGGCACCUCACAGGUCGUCAUCCUGCCCUCCUCUGUUCUGGGAACUCAGGGCAUUAGUGUUCCCACUAUCACCAUGGAUGGAAAUGAAAUCACCAUGGUGGAGACGAGCCAGUCGCCACAUCAUGCCAUUGAGUUCAUUGUGGAGGAGACAGUAUGAAGGCAGAUUGGAAACUAUUGCAUAAAACACAAGACAGUGGAGAAAGACUUCAGUUGAGAAUAGAUUGUUGAUGGAGUGAGAAGUUUGAUAAUUGAAAGAUUGCCAGUUAUUACCUUAUUUGUAUAUAGUUUUAUAGGUUUCUAAGCCGGUUUCAAAAAAGGUCCCAUCCUGUUUAGCAGUACAAUUUUACUUUCAAUUAUGUCUUCUUUUUUUUUUUUUGCAGAAAGAGAAUAACAUUGACACCGCAAAACUAAUGAAUAAAAGGUUGAUCCACAGAAUGUCCCCUGAAUUAAUCUUUCAAACUGAUUGAAAAACCGGUUGUAAAAGCAGCCCUCGAUUGUAUACAGACGUGUAUUUACAGCCCCUAUUUAUUAGGGGAAGACCAGUGGUGGCCUGUGAAAUGUCUUCUGCUUUCCUUAUAAUAAAAC